UCUCAGAUGGUGGAGGUUAUAGGAGAUUGAUUACCUCGUGAUUCUUUUUGGAGUACCUAGGCAUGUCACAGUCUAAGCAUCUAACCCUGGUUUGUAGUACCUUUUGACACCCCCACAGUUGCUACGUUUUCCUGAUCAAUACUAUGCAGCUCUCGAUACGGACUUAAGCUCAUUUUCGGUCUACUGUGUAAGAUCACACGUAUUAGGAAUCAUGAAUAGGGAGAUCCCAGGGUUUUAUUAUGAUCCCGAAAAGAAAAAGUACUUCAAAAUCCAGGCAAACCACAAAGCUACGCCGGGAUCCCAGUAUUCGAAUGAUGCUGUCAAGCGGAAACGUGCAGGUCAUGAGAAGUGUGAAAGAAAAGCGCGUCUAGUUCGAAGGGUCGAGAAGGAAAAGAUUAAGAGAGCAGAAUGCCUCCAAAACCCCCUCAUCCAAGCCUAUAGGGAAGUAGGGACCCUUCCUAUGCCAAGGUGUGUGGAGCAUGAGCGGCGAGGGUUAGCAUAUGCCAGCCAAUUAUUUCGAAACCAGUUACAUCAGUUCGAGCCCUGGCCGGAUCAGUAUACUAUCAAACACAUCCUGCGCAACCCACGGUCUGGAAUUCUGAUUGCCAGUGGACAUCGUGGUGGGGAGUCGUCAGUGUCGGUGUGCUUCCCUGACUGCGACCAGGAGAAAUGGACAUACCAUCGGACCAUGGAGCGACUCCUCUUCAAAGAGCAGUAUCGACUCUCAUCACUCUGCCUAAGCCACACUGGAUAUCUCUUAGCGACGAUGGAUAGUGGCCCAAAUGGUGACUCCUUCCUUGCACCUCGGAUGCUCCCUGAUCCCGACGAAGGAGGAGACUAUCGAUGGCCCCCAUUCUUUUCACACCCUAUUCGCAUCCGCACCACUUCUUCCCUAUGGUGUUCAUCCCCUUCACCUAUAGGGAACGUCCCUCAUUUCGCAGUCGGAACCUCAGACGGGCUAUAUACCCUGGAAGGCUAUGGAGGUUCUUGGACUUUAUCCAAAAAGCCCUUUCCCGGCGGGAAUGAUACAGAGCAUCCGGGUAAAGGUCGCGUCGGAGGCUUGUCGCACGCUCUCAUCACCGCUGUCGAGUGGCUCUCCUCGGACGUGAUCGCAGCCGGCUUGAAAGACUCAACUAUUUUCCUUCACGAUAUCCGCAGUCGAGGGAGCGCAGCAAGGCUCCAACACCCUCACGCGGUCACAAAGCUACGCAAACUCGACCCCUACCGCAUCGUCGUAGCAGGCAUAAACUCACUCCAAAUGUACGAUAUCCGUUACCCAGUUAACGGCCUCCAGCGCAACCCAAACCCAAACAACAAACGCCACACCUCUACCAGACCCUACCUCAGUUUUGCAGACUAUUCACCCGAAGUCAUCCCGGACUUUGAUAUCAAUCCGGAGCUCGGGCUCCUCGCGAGUGCUUCUGAUGACCGCAAAAUUCAACUUUUCUCCCUCCGUACCGGCGAACAAGUGUUGUCUCCGGUAUCUAAAUAUCAAUACAACGACCCGAUUACAUCUGUCUGUUUCGAGUCCGGGGGAUUAUCCUCUCAUGGACCGCAGACACCUAGUUUAUUAGUAUGUUCUCAGGCCGUGGUAGAUGAGUGGAACUGGUGAAAACCUAGGCCUCAAUAAUAAUGAUAAUUGAUAUUGGUAAUGCUAUAUGUAUUAAAUCCUGAAUGUACCUAACGCCAGAGAUGCUACCAUCCAUCCGUCAUAUCUGAAUCUUGGAUCUUGAAAAUAAAUG